CAAGGUUCCAUUCCGUUUGGGUGUGUUUUAAUGGUGCCAUUGACUUGGUAGUACGGUUCCAAACUCCUACAUCAGCUAACCCAUAAUGGCAAGUUGGUAAUGAAGCUCCUAUCUAUGGAAGUAUUCGAGGUAUUCCAUGAGAAGAUACCAAACACAGCUCAAGCCAUUAAAUAGAUCAAGAGAGGGACAUGAAUGAGGCCAGUUUAAUAUAUUUUUGGCGCCUUCCUAUUGUAGAUCUUGUGAUAUAACAUGUUUUGACCUCUGCAUGUUUUAAGCUGAUAUCCCCAUGGGAACAAAUUGGAGGUUGUCUGGCAUUCAACUGGAAAGCAGAACAAAUUUGUCUUCAAUUUGGAUACAUUGCCUAUAGUUUUAUUGUUUGAUUGCUUUGGAAAGGAAUUGCAAUCUUUGUUCUAGACAUAGCAGAGCGUAUUUUUGUUCAUUUUAAUGGCUUCAAUUAGAAGAACUUUGUCUCCAGUGCCACGAGCUGGGGCUAUGCACAAUGGGGAGGUGUAUUCGGUCUCUUCUCCCUUGUCCAAGUCCUCCUCCUGCAAUCAGGACUACCCACCUUUGGGAGGAUCUUUAUCCUCCCUGUCUGGUUCAAUGGAUUCACAUUCAGUUUUGUUUAGACUUCAAGCUGCUCUUAUUGGUCUUAUCACUCGGAGAUCUCGGCCCUUGGAGAGGUCAAAAUCAAGGGGACAACUCUGGAGGAGAGCUUUCUUUCAUUUUCUUAUUUGCUUUUUGGUAGGAAUUUUCAUUGGUUUGACCCCAUCAAUCUCCAUGAAUGUUUCCAUGAAUCAUGGGUUCAAGCACCAAGCCUUCUCCUUUGAAGUCCUCUCUCCAGAGGGAAAUGCACACCAAUAUGAUGGUACCUCAAAGAAGGGUCCUUUGGCUGAGGACGAUGGCAGUUUAGAAACUAGGUCAGUGAAACAGGAACUGCUGCUUGGAAUUUCUAAUGAUAACCCUGUUACCCAGUUGCCUGUUCAAGAUUCAGAUCUUACGCCCAGGAAGCUUUUGAUAAUUGUGACACCAACUUAUACUCGGCCAUUUCAAGCCUAUUAUUUGAAUCGUCUAGCUCAGACAUUAAGACUGGUCCCUUCUCCUCUACUCUGGAUAGUCGUGGAGAUGUUCUCCCAAUCUGCUGAAACAGCUGACAUUUUGCGGAGAACAGGUGUUAUGUACAGACAUCUUGCGUGCUACAAGAACCUAACCAGUGUAAGAGAUAGACGUGUUCACCAAAGAAAUGUGGCAUUGUCUCACAUUCAAACACAUCGUCUUGAUGGAAUCGUGUACUUUGCAGAUGAUGAUAACGUGUAUUCCAUCAAUCUUUUUGAGCAAAUGAGGGAGAUCAGGCGUUUUGGUACAUGGCCAGUUGCCUUAUUAACCGCAAGCAGAAGUAAAGCAAGAUUAGAGGGUCCUGUCUGUAAUGACAGCCAAGUUAUUGGAUGGCACACUGAAAGAAGAAACAGGAGAUUCCAUUCUUACAUAUCAGGGUUUGCCUUCAAUGGGACCAUAAUUUGGGAUCCAAAGAGAUGGCACCGGCCCAUGUUUGAACCCAUUAGGCAGCUUGACACAGUCAAGGAAGAAGUAAAAGAGAGCAUGUUCAUUGAACAAGUAGUGGAGGAUGAAAGCCAAAUGGAAGGCUUAGGAGAGGACUGUUCAAGAAUCAUGGUUUGGCAUCUUCAUCUGGAAGCUUCACAUCCUUCAUAUCCUAAUGGAUGGUUCAAGAAAACGAAUCUAGAUACAGUUGCGCCACUCCUGUGAAGCUCGUAAGGUUGCAAUAAGUCCAUUUUGAAGAACAAAAGUAAGUCCAUUGCAGGUUUUAAAUUUAUCAAAUGGAAAAAGAGAUACCAUUUGUCAUGCAGCCUCAAGGGCUUCUAGCUGCUG